CUCCGGGACCCUCAAGCCCUUGGCUAGAGGAGCUGCUUCCACCAGGAGCCCAAGAAGAGGCACAAGGACAGGCCACUGGGAGCCCACGGAGCCAACGCCAGACCAGAGCGCAGGACAAUGAGCCUGCUCAAAGAGCGCAAACCCAAGAAGCCACACUAUAUCCCCAGGCCCCCAGGGAAGCCCUUCAAGUACAAGUGUUUCCAGUGUCCCUUCACCUGCAAUGAGAAAUCACACCUAUUCAACCACAUGAAGUACGGCCUGUGCAAGAACUCCAUCACACUGGUGUCAGAGCAAGACCGAAUCCCCAAGUGCCCCAAAUCCCAAGCAAGUGCCCUGGAUCCCAAGCAAGUCAGCCCUGCAGACCCCACAGCCAAGGCCACUUCCUCCAAAGCGGCUGCCAAUGGGCUGGGCCACUUUGACCCCAGGCUGCAUGGUCUGGCCCAGGAAGACCUCAAGGAAAACCUGGAGCUGCGGGUACGUGGGACCCACAAGGGGCUGGGACAGAAGCCCAUCCCCCACAAGGAGAUCAUGCCCCCCAGCCAGGUUGCAGACACUGCCCUGGGCCCCCCCCAGCCGCUGCUAGAGGGCGUUGUCCGGCCAUCAGCCUUUGUCCCAGUGGGAGAGCACAGACUCAAAGGGCCCGAGCCCCCUGAGGGGCCCGAGGCGCUGGCCCUGCCCGGCCCUGCCGCCAAGGCUGGCGCCUUCCACAGCAAGUCUGCCUUCCAUGCGCCUGGCUACCCGUGGAAAGCGGGCUCGCCUUUCCUCUCACCAGAGUUCCCGCCCAAGGUCCCACCUGCCAAAGGGUUUGGCGCCGUGUCACCAUUCCUGCACCCCGCCAUCCCAGAGUACUCGCCCCACUUCUACACGGAGCAUGGCCUGGCCACCAUCUACUCACCCUACCUGCUGACUGGGGCAGCAGCAGAGUGUGACACCCCAUUGCUGUCCGUGUACGGGGGGCAGGACCAGCGCCACUUCCUGCCGCAUCCUGGGGCCCUGCCCAAGCACGUAGGGCCCUCAGCCGCCUAUGACCACUACAGGUUCUUCCAGCAGUACCACCCCAGCCUACCGCUCCCCUACAGCUUUUAUAGGCCUGACUCAGCCUUCUCUUCCUAUGGCCUCCGUCUGCCCCCCAUGUCGGGGCUCGGCCGCGAACCAGGCACCCACCUGCUGGAGGAGGCCACCCUGGCCUACCCAGCCUCCAGUCCAGCCAAGGCCAACCCUCCUGGUACCCACAAGAGGCACCCUGAGUUCGAGAAGCAGAGCCCCACACCUGAGGCUAAUGAUCUUUCUAAAGAUGGUCAGAGGGACACGGAAGGGGCCAAGAUGAGCCCACGUGCAGGCAGUGCAGCCACGGGCUCCCCGGGCAGGCCCAGCCCAACCAACUUCACACAGACGGGCCAGGCAUGUCCAGAACUGUGCGGGGGCCCCAACAAGGCGGGACCUGGCAUCCUGGGGAGGCUGCUGCCCACAGAACAUAGCCCCACAGCCUUCCAGCCCAUCAAGAGAAGCACAGACCACACUCAGCCCCAGGUCCUGGCAAAUGGAACCCAGUCACCAGAGAGCCUCAGCAGUGCAGGCCCAGAGGUGCUGGCCCGGCCAGGCAGCACCACCCCAGGCACAGAGGCCCCGGCCAGCCCAGAGGACAGCUCCCGGAUUGCCCCGCUGAACCUGUCCACCAGAGGGGAGCCCGGCCCCGGCGGCCCACAGGACUUCCCUGAGCUGCAGGACAUGCCCCUCAACCUGUCGGUGCGGGACCCCUGCAAUGCCCUGGCGUCCCACCCUGUGCACAGCCCUCCACCCAAGGCUGAGCCUGAGGCACCAGCUCAAAAGGUGGAUCCCAAGGAGCCUGAGGCCCACAUGGAGGAGGCAGCCCCGGGGGCCCCCACCCGGAAGACCCUGGACAGCAGUGAGGAGCAGAAGCAAACGGCUGCUGUGGCCCUCUGCCAACUGGCCACCUAUAGCCCAGGGAACCCAAGGCCCGGGGAUGGAGAGCCUACCGCCCCACAGGAGGACACACCCACGAGCCAGGAAGCUGCAGGUGACCCCAGGCCCAGAGGGCAAAAGAGGACAAGCCCCCGGGAGGCGGGGAAGGCCCAGCAGGGCAGCAAGAAGACCAAGGCCAGUGGCACGGCCAGGGUGUUCAUGCUCAGGAAGAGGACUCGGGUGUCCUGAGGCCCCAGGAGAUCCCAGAUCCCAUGAUCCCAGAGAAUUUUGUAAAUAGUAGGCAUGAAUAUGGAGUGCUGCUUCUGCUUCUGCUUCUGCUUCUGAGAGACCAUUUGAAGAACUCCUGCUCCAGGACUGGGAAGUUCAACUCUCUCUCUUAUGGAAAAUGUUUAGUGAGAUUGAGAUUCCUACAAGAAACAUCCCUCAAACACUUUCAUGAGAAAUGACCCUAGGUCAGACUGUUUCCAUUAUUUUUUUCUAUUCGAGUUAGUUGUGUUUUUGAUGUAAAUAACAAUUGCAGAGGGGAGGGGGGAUGGAGGAGAAGCAAAGGAAAAAAAACUUUUAGUACCAGUAUUAAAAUGCUAUAUGUUAAGAA